AUGGUUGUGUUAUGGGCGCAAUCAAGUUAUAUACCAUUAAUUAUGCAAAAUGCUCUUGAUAAUAAUGUAGUUGGUCCAUAUUAUACAUGGAUACUAAGCUCUCGUGUUUCUUUAAAUUUUUUCAAUGAAACAUCUCAUGACAACCUAAUUGGAAUGCUCUUGACUGAACCAGCUAAAGUACUUAGACGUUCAUUUGUAUUUGAUGGUCUCUUCUUUGCGUCUUCUCUUUACUCUGAUGUUCUUUAUGAACGAUUUCGUUUAAAAGAAAAUGUUGUAGUAUGGCCCGAUAAUUCAUUAACACCACCUACUGGUUCAACAAUAUUUAAAGGUGUACAUUUGAGAAUAGGUGUUAUUGAAUCCGUUCCAUUUACUAUAGCUCAAAAUGUUACAGAUGCAUCUGGACAAAGUACAAUGCAGUAUAGUGACUAUGUACUGGAUCUUAUUAAACUUUCACAAAGUAAAACAGGAUUUAUUCCAACUAUUAAAUUAGCAUAA